GUUGUUUGUUUGCGGCCCGGCCAGCGUCAGCUGGCCACAGGCUGAGCCCACCUCUUCCCGGGCCCCCGCCCCUCGCUCCCCGCGCUCUUAUUGGCCCAGCCUCCGCUUCACUCGGCCCAGCACUUCCUGGCGGAGCCAUGGCUGUGGACCGAGCCGGCGGAGGGCCGGCCGCGCUGCUGCCACCGCCCCGCCGCUCCGGCCGGGGAUAGGGAUCCAGCCCGGGCGCCGGCUGCGCUGCCCUGGUCAGCCAGUAGCGGCGGCCGUCCGCGCAGCGCACAGCUCCCCAGGAAUACUGUCAAUCAAUUUAUAAUGGAGGGGGCCAGACAGACCAGAGUGUCUCGUCCAUACAAGAUAAGCGAAUCUUCAAAGGUCUACAGAUGGGUUGACCAUCCCAACAUGGUGCUCCAGAGGCUGAAUGAGCAGAGGCACCGAGGUCUCUUCUGUGACAUAGUGUUAGUUGCGGAUGAACAGAGGGUCCCCGCCCACCGGAAUCUUCUGGCUGUAUGCAGUGACUACUUCAACUCCAUGUUCACCAUUGGUAUGCGUGAAGCCUACCAGAAGGAAGUGGAACUGGUUGGAGCCUCCUACAUUGGCCUUCGAACCGUCAUUGACUUUCUCUAUGGCAGCGAGCUUUCAUUAGAUGGUGGGAACAUCGACUAUGUCUUAGAGACUGCUCACCUCCUGCAGAUCUGGAAAGUGGUUGAUUUCUGCUGUGAGUAUCUGGAAAAUGAGGUGAGUGAAGAGAAUUAUUUGUACCUGCAAGAAUUAGCAUCUAUCUACAGUCUAAAGCGCCUGGACUCUUUUAUCGACUCCUUCAUCCUGCGUAACUUUGGGACAUUGUCCUUCACCCCAGACUUUCUGCAGAACGUUUCCCUCCAGAAACUCUGCCAGUACCUGGGCAGCAGCCUGGUCCAGAGAGAGUGUGAGCAUGACCUGCUCCAGGCAGCCCUCCAGUGGCUGACCCAGUAUCCUGAGCGGGAGGCAGAUGCCUUCCAGGUGCUAGAAAACAUCCAUUUCCCACUGAUCCCCAAGAGCGACCUCCUGCACCGGGUCAAGCCUGCCGUCUGCUCGCUGUUGCCCAAAGAGGCGAACUGUGAGGGCUUCAUCGAGGAAGCUGUUGCCUACCACAAUAACGUUGCUGCCCAGCCAGUGCUGCAGAACAAACGCACAUCCCUGCGCACCAAUGAGGAGCGGCUCCUGUUUGUGGGUGGGGAGGUGUCAGAGCGCUGCCUGGAGCUCAGUGAUGACACAUGCUUUCUGGAUGCCAAAAAUGAUCAGUGGGUCAUGGAGACACCUCUCCCAGCCAGGAGGAGCCACCAUUGUGUGGCCGUGUUAGGAGGCUUCAUUUUUAUAGCGGGAGGCAGCUUCUCAAGGGACAAUGGAGGGGAUGCGGCCUCAAAUCUUCUCUAUAGGUAUGAUCCCCGCUGGAACCAGUGGAUAAAGGUGGCUUCCAUGAAUCAGCGCCGAGUAGAUUUCUACCUGGCCUCCAUUUCAGACAUGCUGGUAGCUGUAGGUGGGAGAAAUGAAAACGGGGCACUUUCUUCUGUGGAAGCAUAUAGCCCAAAGAACGACUCCUGGUCUUAUGUGGCAGGUUUGCCAAGAUUUACAUAUGGCCAUGCGGGCACCAUCUAUAAAGACUUUGUUUAUAUCUCUGGAGGACAUGAUUACCAAAUCGGCCCUUAUCGGAAGAAUCUCCUCUGCUAUGAUCACCGUACCGAUGUGUGGGAAGAGAAAAGGCCGAUGAUCACGGCCCGAGGUUGGCACAGUAUGUGUAGCUUGGAGGACAGCAUCUACUCCAUUGGAGGCAGCGAUGACAACAUUGAAUCUAUGGAACGCUUUGACAUCUUGAGUGUGGAAUCUUACAGUCCCCAGUGUAACCAGUGGACACGAGUGUCUCCUUUGCUGCAGGCCAACAGUGAGUCUGGUGUGGCCGUGUGGGAAGGGAAGAUCUAUAUCCUUGGGGGCUACAGCUGGGAAAACACCACCUUCUCCAAAACAGUUCAGGUGUAUGACCGGGAAAAGAACAAGUGGAUCAAAGGGACUGAUCUCCCUAAAGCCAUCGCAGGAGUCUCUGCCUGUGUUUGCUCCCUGAAGCCCAGACCAGAAGACAAAAAAAAAAAACCGAAAACUAAGAGGCAUCAAGAUCGAGGUCGAUGACUGAGCUGGGAUGACCCUAUUCUUGAUCACUGUCAUCUCCAUGAAUGUCUUAUUUAAUGGCAACCUUUUUUUUUUCUAGCACUUUGGGGACAGCAGCCCAGAUACUAAGACAUCUGGAACUUGGGGCAGAAUCCUCAGGCAGUUUAGUGAGUCACAAGAGUGAAAAGUGCUACUACGGUUUUAAGUUAGAAAUGCAUAUUGGUAACAUUUAGCUACAGUUUAUUACCUUUAUGUUUCUGGUUAUUCCACAACAAUUAAUAACAAUUUAUAAAAGAUAUAUGUAAUGUAGCUUAUUAUUUUUGCAAAAUAAGUAAACAAUAGGAACAGUAAGAGUAUAGAUCUGGAAAGGUCCCUAGAGGUCAACUAAUCCCCAUUUUACCAAUGACGCAACUGAGGCCCAAAGAGAAGUGGUGACGCUCCCAUUUUCACAUCACAGCUUAGUGACAGAUUGGGGACUAGAAUUUGGGUCUGUUGCCUUUUGGUCUAGAAACUCAUCUAGACUAGUUUCUUCCCAGAGGAAUUGCCCUGUAGUAGAACUUUACAGACAACAAAAUCAUAGGGGGUGACAUUGUUGUCAGUGAUCUUAUCACACUAUGCCUUAUAGGUUCUUUUUUUUUUUUUAAUUCUUACCUUCCAUUUUAGAAUCAAUACUGUGUAUGGAUUCCAAGACCAGAGUGGUAAGGGCUAGGUAAAUAACUUGCCCAGGGUCACAUAGCUAAAAAGGUUCUGAGGACACAUUUGAACCCAGGACCUCCCUUCUCUAGCCCUGCCUCUCAAUCCUCUGAACCAUCUAGCUACCCCUGCCUUAUAGAUUCUUAAUACAUUUGAACAAUAUCUAAGAGUAUCCAAUCACCGGUAUGUAUUAGUAAUCACAACCUUCUAAAGCCAUCACCUUGGGCUCUGAGGUGGUGGAAUCAUUUGAAAAACAAACAGGUAUGAUGAAAAGAUUAAGUCCUUAUUUAUAUUUUCAUUCACCAACUGCAUCCCUGACUCAUUAAAUUCCUUAUGUUUCCAAUGUAUUGAGUUAAUAUAACUUAUAUUCCUUUAUCUGGAAACUUAGGUAAAUGUCACAACCAACCUUAUUUUUUCAUACAUAAACUGGUCUUGACUGACCAGAGGUUCCACUAUAAACUGCUAAAUGAAUACUUUUCACUUUCUGUAGAGAAGGUAUGUCAUUUACUGACUCUGACAUCUUCUAGCUUUCUAACCCUGGACAGAUCAUGUAAUUUCUCUGGAUCCUCAGUUAUUUCAUUUUUUAAAUUUGUAUUAUUUGUUAUUAUUUUAACCUUCACCUUCUCUCUUAAGAAAGAAGGGCAAGGGUUAGGCAAUCAGAGUUAAGUGACUUGCCUAGGGUCCCAGAACUAGGAAGUAGCUGAGGCCAAAUUUGACCUGAUUCCAGACCUGGUGCUCUAUCUACUGUGCCACUUAGCUGCCCCUGUUGCAUCUUCUUAAAAUGAGGGGGUUGGGCUAGAUGAUCUCCAAAGACCCCAGCAGCUCUAAUAUAUCUAUGAUUUUAUAAUUCCAUAUAAACUAAUACUAAACAUUUAGCAUCUGCUUUUUAUUCCAUACCUCCCUUAAGUCAAAAUUCCUCAUGUAGGAGUUAAUAGAAAGUCAAGGAAUUUUUGAUACAUUAGAAACAGCUGAUGUCCUGAUGCCAAGGGCUCAAUUAAGAGAGGGAGAAGAGUGUAGCAAUCCUUGAAAGGUCUUAGGUUGCUUGAGACAAGAAAAGUCAUGAUUAAAAAAAAAAAAGUAUUCUUGAAACAUAGUAGCAAAAGGCUUAAGAGACAACAUAAUAAGAUAGUGCUGCUGAUACAUGUUAUCAGGAUGACCCAGGCCAAAUCACUUAACUGCUUAUUGCCCUGGACCAAUUCUCUAAGCUUAAAAGUUACAAAGAAGCUGCAGCCUAUCAUCCCAUGAAAUCUGUUUGGUUUUUUUUUUUAAGGAAGAAAGAAAAA